GAUCAUUAACCCAGUUGUGUGGCGCUAGGCGCCCUGGCCGGGCACGCGAGCUGUCGCCGCGGCUCAUUCCGGCGCCAUGCAACUACCCGAAACACCGCCACCGCCUUUGGCGCCUCUUUGGGACCGCGUUUUGCGAGCCAGAGCGCUACCACCGGAUUUGGACGUCGAGCUCCUGUAUAUCGCCAUAAGGGAUAGACUCACCCACCCAGAAUGGGAAGUCCGAUUGCACGCACUGAGGGUGCUUGCCGAUCUACUGUCGCUGUCCGGGAAUGCUCUGGCGUUUCCCUUCGAUCAAGUGGUCGACAAUUUGGGCCAUAGUUCGCCGAACGUUCGGAAAGCCGCGCUCGACGCUUUGAAAGUGUUCUGCACUCAUUGUGAAGACUCGGAAUGCGCUGCCCAGGCUAUAAUGGACAAAUGCUCGCACCAGAACAUCAGGCCACAUUCGGCAAACAUUGAAAUGAAGUUAAAUGUCGUGACCGGAUUAAUAUUAUCGAUACCUUCCUUGAUAGGAAUAUUAAAACGAAGAAAUCAUUCUUUAGAUAUAUUUCCCAUUUUUCAAACUUUAGGCGAAAAAUUAUUUGAUUCUGUACACGCUGAUGUGGCUCAACGAUCCUUGAUCAAAUUGAGAAGAGUCUGCGGGCAACGGGAUUACAUGAUGUGCUUGUCAAAAUUAGACCGUAGAGUACAUGAGAAAUUUCGCAUACUCUGCGAAACUUACGAUGAAGAUUCGUUGGAUGUGUACUACGCGCCAAGGAAAAACAUUUUCAGGGAUAACAAUAACCAGCAGUCGUUUAAAUUAAAUCACGUGUCUAACAAAACUGUACCUACUCCUUUGAGGAUAUCUGCAGAGUCCUCUUCGGACGACUCUUUUGCGAGAAUGUCUUUCUACAAUAACAACUUCGCUAAAGUUAUUAUCGAGACUGAAAUAAAAUUCGACUCCGAUACUGCGAUCACGAUGACCGUCCUCGAAGAAAACGAGACUGAGUCUGACCUGAACACAGUGAGUGAGGAGGAUUACGAUAGCUCCGACAUGAAUAUGCUAAGGUACAGCGACGGAGAUUCCGAAGACACCGACGUGGUAGUUAAAAGAGUACGGUUUGGUGGUGAAGUAGUGAAAAUUAGAACUCCCGACAGUGAAAAUACGACCACCGAUGACGACCACAAAAAUAAUCGAGCCAUCACAGAAACUAAUAAUGUUGAAGUAAUUUCAACUAGGACCAUUGAUACCAAGACGAAAGAUAUUAAUCGUGAAUCAUUGGAAAAUUCACAAAAAAAACAAACAAAAAGAAGUGGCAUUCCACUGCCUGUGAUUCAGAACACAAAUACCAAUAAAAACUUAUCUAAUUACAACAAGUCGAAGUUAAAAUCGAAGUCUUUGAGCGAGUUGUACGAUUAUUUUAAAACGAAGAACGAUGUUGACGGAAAAACCAAAGAAAAUUCUGGGUUUGCUUUAACACUCUCAGAGAUACAUUCUCCGGAAAAAGUUCCCAGUCCUGUGGGAACACAUAGGGAAGUGGAGGUGCUCCAUAAUUUACAACGGAGUCCCGUGGUGUCUCCGAGGCGACAACAGACACAAGUUUUUCUGGAACAGAACGGAUUCAUCCUAAAUCUGUUAUCAUCUUCUCAUGCUGACGAAGACCUGUUAUCUCCAAAACCUUUAACGCCACUUCAGCCACAUUACGACUGGGAGGAUUUGAAUAUUAUACCUCAAUAUGUUUCCGAUCAACUACACAAUACGGCAAACUGGAUAGCAGCAGUGAAAGCGGCGGAUCAACUCCACAGUGCUCUGCUAGAUCCGGAGAAUGUAAGACGAGUUGAGCCUGCCGCGAAAUCGCUGGUGCAACACAUGUGGGCUCUUAGCGACGCGGUGUCAGCCGCUAAAGCUCCCGCAGAAGGUGCCGUGUGUGCUUUAGUUCGGGCAGCCAGUAACGACUGCGCGCGACACCUGCUGCCCGUCCUCGUCGCCAGGAUGGCCAGGGAGCCGCUGCCGUCUGCUCUUCCACAUGCCAUGCUCCAGCGACUAGCCUUGCAUCACUUAGUCGACCUUAUAUUUGAUCCGUCCAUGAUUGGCGUGACAGGAGACUCUGACCGAGUGCAGAGUGCUCAGCUAAGAGCGACGUUGUGUUUGGCGAGGGCGGCAGGUCCUGCCGCUGUACUAUCUGCCGUGCGGAGAAGACUGGCUGGCACAACCAGAGCUGACAUCUUUUGUCGAAAGCUUCGCGAACGUCUCAGCAGACCUGUAGAAAAUAUAAAGCCAAGUUACAUAACCAGGACUUCACAGUUGCCGGUACCCGUGCGGCGACGUGCGAGGUCCACGCCGCCCCCCGUGGGACCACCCCCUCCGCGCCGUCUCAGACCGCUGCCGGACUCUGCCCCCUUGCCGGGUGUGAUUCAACCAGGCAGAGAAAUCUUUCUGAAGCCGUUGUCACCAAUCACAUUUGGCGAGAGGGAACCCAGUUCCGUUGUGGCUCUCCCUCGAAGCGAAGGAAUUUUGAAAUCGAAGUCGUCGUCGUCGAUUGAUUCUGGAAAAACAAUUGCGGCAGAAAUUGUCGAGGAAGUGACGCCGUCCCGAUCUGCACCGCCGACACCAUCUCGAUCGCCGUCGAUCCGUGUGGAAGAUUAUUCUGAAAACUCGAACGUUUCGCCGGUCAAAUCGAAACACGACUCGAGGUCCGCGUCAGUAAAGAGUGUGACCGGAUCACGGAUCGAAUCAAGAAACUCGAUCGAAAGUCGAAGUUUAGAACCGAAUGCAGUCAACAGACCCGAUUCGCCGAACUCGGUUCACAGUGCAGAAGCGUCACCGACGUCGAAUCGGAGCCGGACACCAGGACUGCCCAGCGAACCAGUCGAAGUAUCGACAUUGACCCGAGAACGGGACGUGCGAGGAGCCCUUGCCGAGUGCAUCUUGCCGCCGCGCCAUGAAGACUGGGAAGCGAUUGUGACUGGACUCACGGAAAUCGAGAGGCUAGCGGUUGACGAAGCUGCACGUGCGCCCGCCUCCACAUGGCGCGCCGUGACCCGCGGAGCCACUGCUCACGUGAAGUCGCUGCGAUCACGCGUGGCGCGCGCCGCGUGUCGCACGGUGGGCGCGUUGUUCGAACACCGCGGUCGUGUCCUAGAGCCUGAGCUGGAGGAGACGGCGGGCGCGUUACUGGAGCGAUGCGCGGACGUCAACAGGUUCUUGCGAGCGGACGCAGCCGGCGCGCUGUGCAGCGUGGCGUGCGGUGGCAGCAUGGCGCGUGCGGGCGUGGCGCUGGUGCGGCGCGGGGCGGGCCACCGCGCGGGUCCGGUGCGGGCGGCGGCGGCGGCGGCGUUGGUGCGGCUGGUGCGACGCGGGACGGCAGCUCGCAUCUUGUCCUUGUCUCCGGAGCCGCGGACGAUGUUGCUGCGGGCGGCGGGCGAGCUGUUAGCAGAUGCCAGCGCCGAGGCGCGGCUACACGCACGCCAGCUGUGCCUUAUCCUGUCUGAAGACGUACGUUUUCGACCGCUGCUGAAAGAGGCGAUGCCACUUUCGCGAUAUCGAGCCGUCGAAAAAUUAAUAGAUAAACUUCAAAUACCGUAACGUCGAACGAUUUGAAGUGUACGUCGGUUUCAGUUAUAUCCGCUCUCGACAUGUGAGACUAAAUACCACUUGUGUCGUGAUAGUACCUACCCUAAUUUUGGUGAAUGUACAAACAAUUUAUUACGUAAAAAAAUGUUUUUAUAUUGUACAUUUAUUGUUACAGUGCCCACUAUUUAAUAUCGCUUUGUAAUCUUAUUUUUUAAAUUGUCUUUAAGGUGAAAAUGUGAUUUAUCGAAUUUGUAUCGACGACUGAACCGUGCGAAAGGUAUUUUUGUAGUAAUUUGACACGAUUGAUUCUUAUUGAUUGUUCAGAAAUAAUGAUGAAUAGUAAGUAUAUUACAGUCAAACAGGCAUUUAAAUCUAACCGCGAAUCUUGUAAAAUUACACUAAAUAAAUAAAAGAAACAUCCAGAAAAAAAUGUUU